AAUUUGUUAUAAAAUAAAUCAAACAGUUUUAAUAUUGUUUUUAUUUUGUAAGUUACUAUUCUGUUGUAGAAAUUAUGUAAAAACUCAACCUUGAACGUGAUACCUACCUAUUGCUUAAUAUGCCUAAUCCGCUUAAUUAACACUACGGUCACGUUAGUUGUUUUGACGCGGAGACACAUUUUCACAUUACGUUUGUUAUACUUUGCAGUGUUACAUUCACGCUUGUUUGAUAACGCAAGACUACGUUUCUGUGAAUACAAGAAUGUUGUGCAAAAUUAUUUACAUUUACACUUUUGCACUCAUUGCGACAGAAGCUGCUGUUAUUCAUAAUUCAAAUCCCAACGACAAAGAAAUUAAUUAUCAAUUACCUAAUCAUACAAAACCAUUGUUUUAUGAUCUUAAAUUGAACCCACAUCUCACACCGGACAAUUUUAAGUUUGAUGGUGAAAUAUUCAUCGACAUCGAGAUUCUGAACCAGACAAAAACUCUCACGCUGCACGCAAAGAAACUAAUAAUAGAUUUUACUCUUCUGGAACUCAAAAAUGAAAAACAAUCCACUUAUUACAUUCCUACCAUGUACAGUAACAAUGUGACCGAUUUAUUAACUCUGGAUUUUAACGACGAAUUACUCGUUGGACGUUAUAUUUUAUAUUUGAACUUUACUGGUGUAUUGAAUGACAGAUCAUACGGAUUUUAUAGAAGUUCUUACAAUAAUAAUGGAGGUGAUACGCAAUGGUUUGCUGGGACAAAUUUCAUGCCAACUUACGCGCGCGCAGCUUUUCCCUGCUGGGACGAGCCGGCAUUAAAGGCCUCUUUUAAGAUUGCCAUCAAACAUCAUCGUAAUUACACAGCCAUUUCGAACACACCGGUUUCUGAGCAGUCGGAAAUUGACAAGACAGACGAAAAGAUAUGGACACAUUUUGAAGAAUCGCCCGUCAUAUCAACGUACGUAGUCAGCUUCCUAAUCUUCGAUCUUCGUAAUAUAAGGAAUUCCGAUGGAACCAUCAACGUCUGGAGCAGAGGCAACGUAAUUUCCUCAGCGAGUUUUGCCCACGAAGUUGCCCAGAAGGCGGCGAUCGAAUUGGAACGAUAUACCAAUAAUUCCGUUCGGCCGGCCAAAAUCGAUCACGUUGCGCUUCCUGACAGAUAUGUUAUUGGAUACAAUAAAGGCAUGGAAAGUUGGGGGCUUAUCACUUACAGGGAAACCGCAAUACUGUACAAUACAGAUAGUAGUUCAAUCGACACAUUAUACAGAAUUGCAGAGAAUAUCAUUCAUCAAUCGAGCCAUCAAUGGUUCGGUAAUAUUGUUAGUCCCUUUUGGUGGACUGAUAUAUGGCUAAAUGGAGGACUUGCUGAAUAUUUUAAAUACUACAUUACUGAUAAGAUAUAUAAAGAUUGGAGAAUUACGAAUUUUUUAAUUGUGGAAACACUGAAUUCAAUACUUAUUAUGGACAGUUUUAAGCACGCGCAACCUCUUAAUUUAAAGCCUAAUACUAUUGGAGAAAUAAAUUUAAAAUGUUCUUCACAAGGCAAUCAGAAAGCUUUUCUACUUCUACGGAUGUUGUCACAUUGCCUUUCUGAUGAAGUAUUUCGCGUAGGUCUCAUCAGAUACCUUGAUAAACACAAAUACGGCGUAGCGAAACCUGAAGAUUUAUGGGACACUUUACAAGGUGCAUUUGAUGAAACAAUGGUACUUCAAAACAAAUUUAAAAUUCAAGAAGUAAUGGACACCUGGAUAGAACAGAAAGGAUAUCCUCUCGUUACAGUAACCAGAGAUCAACAUACCGGAAAAAUAAAAAUUACACAGGAAUAUUUUCAACCGUAUGAAAAAAUACGUACACUUAAAAACAUCAAUAACGUAAACACUACGAACGUGAAAUGGUGGAUUCCCAUAAAUUUUGCAACUCGCACAAAUCCAGAUUUCUCGUCGACCUUAACCACGCAUUGGUUAUCACCAGAAACUGAAGAGCUUAUAAUCGAUGAUAUCGACCCGCAAGAUUGGAUUAUCGUGAACAUUCAACAAACUGGUUUUUAUCGUGUAAAUUAUGACACAACAAACUGGUUGAAAAUUGCUGGCUAUCUGAAUUCUGAGAAUUACACAAAAAUACAUGUAUUAAAUCGCGCAAAUUUAAUUAAUGACGCAAUUCGUCUUAUGUUCGCGGAUAAAUUAGAUCCUAGAAUUUUCAUGGAUAUCACGAAAUAUCUGCGACGUGAAAUUGAUUAUGUAGUAUGGCAUUCAUUGUUUAAAACGUUGCGAUAUGCAACCAAGUUUUUUUCUUAUAAUGGAGGAGGUGAAAUGCUUGAACCGUACAUCCAUUACUUGAUGACUGCCAUAGCACAAACACAUCUACAGGAUUAUUUACAGAACCCAAAUGAUGAUUAUUUCAAAAAUUUAACGAGAAUUACAAUUUCUGAGGAUGCAUGCGUCUUGAAUGACCCUACAUGCUUAUGGAAAGCACAUGUUCAAUUACUUGAUUACAUAGAAAAUUCAAUGAUACUUACAAAUAGAACUACAUUCCAGAAGAAAAGAUGGAUGUUCUGUAAUGGUAUAAAACGAGCAAAUGAAACUAUUUGGAACAAGCUGCUGUAUAUGUAUACAAACAUGUCCGAACUAACAUUGUACUGCCUUGGACACUCCAAGAAUCAGACUAUUAUUGCAAAAUUUUUAAAUAUGACUAUAUCAGAAGAUUCACCAUUAACAAAGAAUGAUAUUCCUCGUGUUAUCUACUCAGUAUUAAAUGGAGAUUUUCCAAAUAUUGAUAUGGUGAUAGAUUUUAUUACAAAUAACUGGGAUAGACUUACAGCUAUCGUAGACGAUCCGACAAGUUUGAUACAUGAUAUUAGUUGGAAUGUUGUAUCUAGGAAACAAAUCGAAAAGACAAAAACACUUUUAGGUAAACUUGGAAUAAAAGUGCCACAAAUAUUAAAUAUCCAAGAACAAAAUAUGGAGUUGAUAGAAACAAUAGUAAACAAAAUUCGUAUGUGGUUAGAGCAUGAAAUUUCGAACUCUACAGCCAUCUCUACAAUCUACGAAUAUUACAUUCCAAUAAAUUCAAAUAUCGAUUUUUCUAUCAAUAACUUCAGUAAUAUUAUUGAAAAUAUUCAAAGCAGCAAAAUUGGAGACUUAUGCCAUUAUACAUAUAUCUAUAUAUAUGGCAUGCAAAUAAAACGGUUCAAAUAUAUACGAGAAGCAGAUCGUUUCGUCAGUCUUAUCAAUAUACGCACGCUUAAUCAUUGCAUAAGUUACAUUAUGGCAAUCGUCAAAAGUACAUUGGCAUUAAUCUUAUUAAUAGUUACUAGCCAAGCCGGUUUUCUUCAAAAUAAUAAAGCAAUAGAUAAUGAAGCGGUAAAAGAUUCUGAAACAAAUCAAUUUCGUUUACCAAAACAUAUUGUGCCCAUUCAUUACGACAUAAAACUAAUACCUCAUAUUGUGGAAAAUAAUUUCACUAAUGGCGAAACAAACAUUGAUAUCGAAGUGCGCGAACCGACAAAUGUUAUCGCAUUGCAUGCUUUAAAACUCACAAUAAACGAAUCACUAACGAAGAUUAUUCGCAAAAGAGUAAACAACGUGAAUUCUGAAUUGGAGUAUAUCCCAAAACAACAUGAAUAUAAUUUUCUAACUCAAAUUCUGACUCUACGAUUUGAGGAGUCGUUGGAUCCUGGAAUCUACAUGCUACAUUUUACUUUCAUGGGCGUAAUAGAUCCAGAAAAUAGUUGGCAACGCGGAUUUUAUAAAAGAUUUUAUAUUGACAACAAAGGAGAUAAGGUAUGGUUAGCAGUAACACAUCUUCAACCAACCGCUGCGCGUCGAGUAUUUCCGUGUUGGGACGAACCUGCCAUAAAAGCAACCUUCAAAUUUUCCAUCAAGCACUAUCCUAAUUAUACAGCGUUAUCGAAUAUGCCAUCCACGCGAUCGGAAAUCGAUGAAGCCGAUGGAAAAUUAUGGACAUACUUUGAGGCAACUCCUAUUAUGUCUACUAAUUUAUUAGGAUUUAUGAUUGGCGAUUAUGAUUAUGUCUCAAAUUUGGAUGGUACUGUCAAAAUAUGGGGUCCAAAACAUCUUCUUUCUCAUGCUGCACAAUCUCUUGAUAUUAUCGAGAAGGCAACGCAGGAACUUGAAAAAUUCACCAAUAGCAGCGUCCAUGUACCGAAAAUGGAUCAUGUUGCCAUUCCAUAUUAUGACGCUAGAGCCACUGAAAACUGGGGUAUGAUUGUCUAUGAACAAGGCAUACUUCUUAAAGACAAGAGCUUACAUACUACUAAUGAUAUUGCCGAUAUUAUGACAAUUACUCACGAAUUAGCGCAUCAAUGGUUUGGAAAUUUAGUCAGCUCAAUUUGGUGGAAAUAUCUUUGGUUGAGCGAAGGCAUAUCGACCUACCUAAAAUACUAUAUUACUGACAAGUUUCUCAAAGAAGAACGAUUGAUGGAUUAUAUGACGGUAACCGUUAAACAACAAAUGCUAUAUACAGAUUUACUUUUUUACAACCCAAUUCAUGUAAAUAUUACUGGUCACCAAAACGUUUUUGAAGCAUUUUCUGGCAAAACUUACAGAAAAUCUGCUUUUCUUCUACAUAUGGCAUCACAUUUCUUGAGAGAGGAUGUAUUUCGAAAUGGUUUGAUAAAAUACCUUCAAACACAUGAAUACAGCAGCGCUACACCAGAUGAUUUAUGGAAGGCAUUACAAGACGCCCUUGAUGAGUCGGAUGUACCACAUGAUAAUUUUAAAGUAAAAGACGUAAUGGAUACUUGGUUCGAGCAGGCAUGGUAUCCUCUCGUUGUGGUCAAUCGAGAUUAUGUUACAGGCGAAAUCAAGGUGACACAGGAAACAUUGAAAUAUUCAAAAACCAAUUACAGCGAUAAAGGAAAUGAGACAUGGUGGAUACCCUUAAACUUUGCAACGCAAAGUAACUUGGACUUCUCGUCUACAUUAGCCACCCAUUGGCUAAAACCGUACGACGAGGGUACAACAAUUGAAGGAGUGGACAUUAAUGACUGGAUUAUUGUAAAUAAACAUCUGACAGGAUUUUAUCGUGUGAAUUACGAUACAACCAAUUGGAAAAAAAUUGCUGCUUUUCUUAAUUCUGAUAACUACGAUAAGAUCGCAGUCCUGAAUCGUGUACAAAUUCUCGAUGAUGCUUACUACAUGAUGAAGACUGAACAACUUGACCCUACUACUUUUGUUGAAAUUAUAAAUUAUUUGUCGCGUGAAACUGACAUUGCACCAUGGUACCGAGCUCUGUACAACUUUUCAAAUUUAAUUGACUACUUGCGAUUAUCUGAAGGAGAAACAAUCCUUAAACCAUACUUAUUAAACUUAAUGCGUAAGCUAUUUGAGCGUGUUGAUUUUGAAGAAAAGCCUGGUGAUGAUAUUUUUACUAAAAGUAUUAGAAAUGAUCUGUACGAAUAUGAUUGUGUACAUGGAUUUUCGAAAUGUCAAGCAAAAAUUACUUCUAAAUUGCUUGCAUACGUGGAAGAUCCAAUCGCAAAUAAGCAAAUAGUUCAACAAGAAUCGCUAUAUUGCUUUGGUUUAAUAAAAGCGAAUGAAUCUUUGUGGGAUCAGUUUUUACAAGCACAACAGAGAACAAAAUCUCAAACGCCGUUUUUUGGUUGUUCAGAGAAUUUACAAAUUCUUAAAAAACAUUUAAAUUUUGUUUCCAAAAAUACAGAAGACUACUUCUUUUUCUUCCAUAACAUGUUAAAAAAUUUUCCAACUACUAAUGUAGCAAUUGAAUUUUUUUUUAAUAAUUAUGAGGAUAUUAAUGAGCUAUCUAUUCUUGAAAGAAUUAUUGACAAUAGUUUCAAAGAAGAGGAAAUUAAUAAGAUAAAAAUAUUAGCUGAACAACAUUCGAUCGAUAUACAAGCAUAUUUAAACGAGAGAAAAGUAACCUUAGACAAAAUGAAAUAUAAUUUGUCGAAAUUCCGGGAAGCAUUGGAAAAUGCACAAUCUACCAAUACAUUAAACAAUAAUAUAUCAUAAUCGGAUAUAAUUUACAUUUAAAUGUAUAUGAAAUAACUAUACAAAUUGUAAAUAUAUAUAAUAAAAAUAAUAAAAAUAAACCAGAAGUGGUCUUUAUACAAAGCUCCACCAGUGACACAUA